AUGGCGGAGCUGGAGCGGCUGGAGCGGCGCGUGCGGGAGCUGGAGGCCGAGCUGGCCCGCGAGCGCGGCGGGCGGGCCUCGCGCGCGCCCAUCGGCAGCAUGAGCGCCGAGGUGACCCCCUGCAACCCGUACAGCCGUCUCAUGGCACUGAAAAGAAUGGGAAUAGUCAAAGACUAUGAGAAAAUCCGCACCUUUACAGUUGCGGUUGUGGGUGUAGGUGGAGUUGGCAGCGUGACYGCUGAAAUGCUGACCAGAUGUGGCAUUGGUAAGCUGCUUCUGUUUGAUUAUGACAAAGUGGAACUGGCAAACAUGAACAGACUCUUCUUCCAACCUCAUCAAGCUGGGUUAAGCAAGGUGCAAGCAGCAGAGCAUACUUUGAGGAAUAUUAACCCUGAUGUUGAGUUUGAAGUACAUAACUACAACAUCACAACGCUGGACAACUUUCAACAUUUCAUGGAUAGAAUAAGUAAUGGUGCCCUAGAGGAAGGGAAGCCCGUUGACCUCGUUCUGAGUUGCGUGGACAACUUUGAAGCUCGCAUGGCGAUUAACACGGCCUGCAAUGAACUUGGACAAAUCUGGAUGGAAUCUGGAGUGAGUGAAAAUGCAGUGUCAGGACAUAUACAGCUGAUCAUACCUGGUGAAUCCGCCUGUUUUGCGUGUGCUCCUCCACUUGUAGUUGCUGCAAAUAUUGAUGAGAAGACGUUAAAGCGAGAAGGAGUUUGUGCAGCCAGUCUCCCUACCACCAUGGGUGUUGUGGCRGGGAUUCUUGUGCAGAAUGUUUUGAAGUAUUUGCUGAAUUUUGGCACUGUGAGUUACUAUCUUGGUUACAACGCAAUGCAAGAUUUCUUUCCAACUAUGGCUAUGAAGCCAAACCCACAGUGCAGUGACCAAAAUUGCAGAAAACAGCAAGAAAAUUAUAAGAAGAAAGAAGCUGUGCAAUCAAAAGAAGUAGUAGUUGAACAGGAAGAAGCAGUAGUACAUGAAGACAAUGACUGGGGCAUUGAAUUAGUAUCAGAAACUUCAGAAGAGGAGCUGAAGGCUGCUUCUGGACCAGUACCAGAUCUUCCAGAGGGGAUUACUGUAGCAUACACUAUCCCAAACAAGGAACAGAAUGCUGUAACUGAUGAAAUGGUGCCAGAGUCCGAGGAAAGCCUAGAAGAACUCAUGGCCAAAAUGAAAAGCAUGUAACAAAACAUAUAUCAAAUUUCUGGGAAUUUGGAUUGCCGUUGGAUUAUGAGGAAGAAAAACCUUUUGUGUUUUGUCUUGUUUUUUUCCACUGAAGUUUAUCCUUGAACUUCUGAAGAAAUGGAACUGUUACUUGGGGUGAGGGGAAGAGACAGUGACCUUGUUCGUAUUUAUUUGUCUGUCUAUUCACAAGUCUUCAAAAUACAAAGUGCUAUUUAAGUUCUCUAAGUUUUAACUUCUCAGCGUGUCUAGGGUCCAGCUAUUCAGUGGAAAAUUAAAGGUGAUGAGUCAACUAUUGAGAGCAUGGCCCGUUAUCUGCAAUCUCGUGUCGGCAGUUGAGCAGAUAACAGGACAAGUGAGAUGCCCUCUGCAGCAGUGGAGCCUGUAGGUCCGUGGCUGCUCGUCGUGCCUCACUCUUGCUGCUGCUUCCAAUCUUCCAUGCAUAUGUCCUAGUUACUGCUCACAGCGCUGGGUUGUUGACAUGGAUUGUGCUGGGGUUAUUUUUUGAGUAAUGCAACGUUUUUAGCCUUUUCAUCACUGUGAUGGAAUAUUUUUGAAUUUCUCUGUUUCUGGCAGCUUUAUUCCUGUGUGUUCUUAACUAGCUGCAUAUAUGUUUCCCCAGAGGUGGUGCUUUGGCCAUAACGAGGCCCAAGAGGUUUUUGUUAGAAGGUAAUUGUGCUAGCUGGCAGGGUAUUAACAUGUCAUCACUUCAGCUGCAAAUAAUCCUUAAAAUGAAAUCUGUAAGAAUUACCAGUAACACUGGAAUGCAUAGGAGAUUUUGUCUCUUGUUGAAAAUCUAAAUCUUUUACUUUUGUUCCUUUCUAAGACUGUAACUAUUUCUGAAGCAAACCCAUUUCAUGGGGUAUGUUAGAGAACCAUUAAUCUGAGUUGCCUAUAAAAAUUUCUGAAAGUAGAUGCUCUAAACUUGUUCUGUUGAAGGUGUCUUCAGUGGAUUAGCUGAAGUAUUUGUCUUGUAAAUAGUAGUACAGUACUACUAACUUUUAAAUAAUUAUGUGUUAAGCUGACCUGUAAAUUCUCCUGUAGAUGUUUGCAUUCUGCAGUGCCGCUACCUGAGAGACGACCAAUAUCCUGGAAGAACCAAGAUAUUUUAUCUGCUCUCCUUACCUGUUGCAGACUCUACUGCUAUUUAGAUUCAGCUUAGAGGAAUGUACACUUUGGYCUGUAACAUAGUGCCAGUAUUUCCAAAUUCUGCUCUAAAAGCCUUUUCAGAGCAGGCUGAUACCAACACAGAACUGCCUAGUAUGUGACAGUAACAGUAUUCAACACCUAUCUACUAUUUUGAAGACACUCCUGGUGAUAGUAUAUUUAAACAAAAGUCAGCUCUGAGGCUACUGAUGACUGUUGGACAGGAAAUGUGUUACAGUAUAAAACAGAACAUUGAGCUCAUUUCUGGAGAGACCAGAGU